AUGGCGAAGAAAAGGUCUUCUCGAAUCGUAAAAACGAAUGAGCGAGUGGGGAUAAAUAAAAUGCCUGAAGAUAUGAUCGUCGAAAUACUUUCACGAUUAUCUGUGAAAACUCUUGUUACUCUGAGAUCUGUAUGCGAGUUAUGGAAAUCCUACAUCUCGCACCCUCACUUUGCAAACUUGCAGAUAGCGCGUAACAUGACCAACCCUGAAUACUAUGAUUUUUUCAUCGCUCACUGUUACGACCAAGGCCGCAGGUGGCCAUAUAAACCAAGCCAACACAAGCUUUAUGUCAUUAACAAGAAUAACAUUCACAAGCCUAUGGCAUUGGAUCUCCCUUUACCUAGCUGUUCUGAACCUAACAGAUUCAGUGUUGUUGGUUCAUGCAACGGCUUGCUUUGCCUCGCGUACCUUGGCAGCCUAAAGAGAAAACGACAACACAGGAUAUACCUCUGGAACCCUGUUACAAGACAGCACAAGGAUGUCUGCAUGAGGAAACAGAAUCUUCAACAUCGGGUUUCAUUAGGGUUCGGGUUUGAUGAUGCCAGUCGUGACUACAAGACUGUUAGCGUUUUAACGGACAGGUUUGAUUUUGUGAGUCGAGUUUCGGUGUAUUCACUAGGUCAGGAUUGUUGGAAUAGAAUUGAUCAUGCAGAGAUGAAGGCUCGAGUGCUCCAGCAGUGUGCAGUGAUUGCAAAGGGAUUGUUUUAUUGGUUGAUGGAAGAGAAAUCUGAUCCACGGCGAUUUGGUUUGGUUUGGUUUAAUGUGCAGACCGAGGAACUUGGCACUACUUCAUUGCCUGAUGGUAUCAGUUGUCCUAGCGUGUUUGAGCUUAAGGGGUCUGUUGCCAUUAGUACUGGAUAUAUCAUUAAUCAUGAAAUCGGAAUCUGGAAACAAGAUGAUGACCAUGGUUGGAUCAAGAUUCAUGCUAUCAAGAAUAGUGGCAUUACAGGAUUCUACGGUUGUCUUAAUACAGGUGAAUUUGUUGGAGUAUAG